AUGUUAAGGAGUUUUCUGAUUGACUUUGGAGGCAGUUGGGAGGAUUACUUGCCACUAACAGAGUUUACUUACAACAAUAACUACCAGUCUAGCAUACAGAUGGAACCUUACAAAGCACUAUAUGGUCGUAGGUGUCGCAUUCCUUCAUGUUGGACUGAGUUCGGUGAGCGGUGUGUUCUGGGCCCUAAGCUAGUAUAUGAUACUGAGGAUAAGGUCAGAUUAAUUCAGGAUCAACUAAAGGCAGCAUCAAAUAGAGAGAAGUUGUAUGCGGAUCUGAAACAUAAGAAAAUUGAGUAUUCUGUGGGAGAUUUUGUCUUUUUCAAGGUCUCGCCAUGGAAGAAGUUAGAGCUACCACCAGAAUUAGAGCGGAUUCAUGAUGUGUUCCACGUCUCUAUGCUGAGACAUUACCGCUCUGAUCCUACAUAUGUUGUACCGGUUGAGGAGAUUGAAGUUAGACUAGAUCUGAAUUUUGAGGAGGAACCAGUUCAAAUAUUGGACCGAGAUGUGAGAGUAUUGAGAAGGAAGUCUAUUCUACUGGUUAAGGUUUUAUGGUGUAAUCACAGCUCUGAGAAGGCCACAUCGAAACCUAAGGAAGCGAUGCAACAAUAG